AUGGUAUCAUCCAUUUGGGUUUUGUUAGCAACCACAUGGCUAGCCUCAUCCAUGCUGGUGGGAGCCGAGGACACCAUUUUCAAUGGAGAGAAGCUCUUAACAGAUCAGUUCAUAGAGAAUGGGCCCUACAAGUUCAUCAUGCAAGGUGAUUGCAACUUGGUGCUGUAUAACAAAGACAGGGCUCUGUGGCACACCAACACAGCAGGCCACGGCAACUCGUGCAACUUGCUCAUGCAGAACAAUGGCAACUUGGUUAUCUUCUCUGGCUCAGAUGUUAUCUGGUCUAGUAGUACUAGCCGUGGGCCUAACACCUACCGCUUGGUGGUCCAGUUGGAUGGCUACGUUGUUAUAUAUGGUGGCGCAACUUGGGCGACCAACACGGUGCAGAAAUCCACCAAGAGGAAGCUCAUCAUCGAGCCAUUGAUGUGA